AUGUCAACGUUUCUGCAAUCCUUCAUCGAUCCGAAGAAGAACUUCCUCGCUCGGAUGCAUAUGAAAGCCAUAUCGACUCGCCUUCGAAGAUACGGUCUCAGGUACGAUGAUCUGUACGAUCAAUAUUACAGUAUGGACAUCAAAGAGGCCAUGAACAGAUUGCCUAGGGAGGUCGUCGAUGCUCGUAACCAGCGUCUCAAGCGUGCCAUGGACCUCUCCAUGAAGCACGAGUACCUCCCCAAGGAUCUUCAGGUACUCCUUUAUUUGCCACUUGUUUUAUUUAUUUGCUUGGGUCAUGUUGAAAUUGAUGUUGUUAGGAUAUUGAGAAUGUUAAGUGACCGAUGA